AAAAAAUAAUAGCUCCGUUUUUGUUGUCUAUUCAAGACAUAACUUUUAUAUAUUUCUUUAAAACACAGUCAAACACAACUAAUCUCAAAAUAAAAUGUUUGGAACGGGGCACAAUGGAUCCAUGGAUGUCCAUAUGAAAGAUUCUCAAGAAAAGGAGCCAGUUCGAUUGACGGACUUGCCAGUUGAGAUCUUGGAGAUGGUUAUGUCGCAUUUGGGUUUGUACCAUCAUAAAUUAUUGCGUAUGGUAUCAGAAGACAUGAAACACAUCAACAAUUCUUAUAUAAUGCACCGCCACAAAUGCUACGAAUUUGCCCAUCGGGAAAAGCCAUCUGAAAGUGAUCGGGAGUACGGUGUUAGGAUGAUGCUGCAGGUAAUCCGGUGCUCUACGUGUUACUUUGCCGAUAAGGAUUACGAGUCUGUCCUCGCCAUCAGUCUGCUUUUCUUCCAUGAUUCGGUAUACCAGACAGUUGACCAUCUAAGCCAAUUCCUUGUUCAGUUCCUGUUCCGUUUGGAAGACAGGGUUUUCAAGAACCCACUUCAAGUUAGACGCCUCCAGUAUACACUAUCUCUGUUCAGCCUUCUGCGACAAUUCCGAAAUUUUCGGAUCCUGCGCUUCGGAUCGACCCCAUUCCACUGGACCCUGGAGGUAGAGCUCAACAACACCUUUAUCGGAAUUAUAAACAGGAACGAGCUAACUGGCGGUGCAUACAAACGUACCUACUUCAUGGUCAUCAUUGCCGAGCUGCUCCUCCACGAGAAGAAAAACCAAAAUUUUAGCGCUCAGAAGGAGGCUGAUGGUACCCUGUACACCUAUGGUAUCCUGCCAAACUCAAAAGCCAAACGCAAUUCACGGCUGCAGCUGAAGUUCUUAGUACAGGGUCCGCAGAACUUAAUCGAUUUUCUGCAGGAUGUCAUCACCGGAAAGGACGAUCCCAGCAAACCUUUCAACAUGCCACCAGAAUCCGUCUUCAGCGGUCACAUCACGACCAGGGGCUUGCGAGGACCACAAUUUGUGUAUAAUGGCGACAUGGACAUUAGUAUCUUGAAGUUUUCUGAGCUGGAAGACUGGAGUGAUUCAGAGGCUUCACUAUAGUGUAUUGCAAUAAAAAUAAAUG